GAUCGCACGCGCGAGGAGCUGAAGAAGAUCGGGCUGCCGAGUGGUGCCGACUUCAGCACUGACGUGAACGGGAAGCGCAAUUGGGCCUGGGUUCCCGUUGCAAAUGACAACAAGGAGGAUGAGUUGAUGAACCUCCUCCAGAAGUAUGCCAUUGACGUGGCAGAGUUUUCCUGGCAGAGCUUUUCCGAGCUGUACGACGAGGUCUACACCAACCGCCUCUCAGAGCUGCAGGAGAUUGAUAACGAGCUGCUGAGGACAGUUCGCAUCGUGAAAGUGUGGCUGUCGGCCGACAUCUUAGGUUGCAGGCAUGUCCUGGUCAUGAAGACCAAGCAGCAGAGACGAAAGACUGUAGAAGUUCCAGGUGUGCGGGCCCUGUCCAUGCGCAUGCGGGCGGCCCAGACCUGGGAUGAUGCAGCGCGGGAGGCCCUACACGAUAUUGCUCGCCAGAUUGUUCUGCGCAUGUUGCCCACAAAGCGGCCUCGAGACCUGUCAGCGCGAAGAUGUGAAUGCGACGUCAAGGUAAGAAGCAUCUCGGGAGAGACUAUGCUGGUACUUGACAGCAAGACGAGCCCCGAAGAAGUGCAGAAUAAGAAGAGGAUUAGCAACAUGGCAUAG